GCAAGAAGUUAUGAAAUGGAAUGGAUGGGGAUAUAAUGAUUCCAAGUUCAUCUUCAAUAAGAAGGGCAAUAUUGAAUUGACGGGGAAAAGGUACCCUCUUAGUGGCCUGAGUUUACCAGCUUUUAAAGAUUGGGUCCAAAGUAUCCUAGGAGUAACCGUGGAGCAUAAAACUACCUCUAAAGCAUCCCUAAACCUCAGUGAUAUACCUCCUUCUAUUGUAAAUGAAGACUUUCUUCAUGACCUCAAACAAACUAAUAUUUCAUAUUCACAAGACGCAGAUGAUCGAGUAUUUAGAGCUCAUGGUCAUUGUCUUCAUGAGAUAGUUAUGCUCAGGGAAGGAAUAUUUCAGCGAAUUCCUGAUAUAGUUUUAUGGCCAACAUGUCAUGAUGAUGUAGUUAAGAUUGUGAAUCUAGCAUGCAAAUAUAACCUUUGUAUCAUACCAAUUGGGGGAGGAACAAGUGUUUCACACGGCCUGAUGUGCCCUGCCGAUGAGACAAGAACAAUUAUUUCUUUGGAUACUUCACAGAUGAAUCGAAUCCUCUGGGUUGAUGAGAAUAACCUGACGGCUCAUGUAGAGGCUGGCAUAACUGGACAAGAUCUGGAAAGACAGCUUAAAGAAAGUGGUUAUUGUACAGGCCAUGAACCAGACUCCCUGGAAUUCAGCACUUUGGGCGGAUGGGUAUCUACUCGGGCUUCAGGCAUGAAGAAGAACAUCUAUGGCAAUAUUGAAGACCUGGUGGUUCAUAUAAAAAUGGUAACACCUAGAGGUGUAAUACAAAAAAGCUCUCAAGGACCUCGUAUGUCAACAGGCCCUGAUAUCCAUCACUUCAUCAUGGGAUCUGAAGGAACUCUUGGUGUGGUAACAGAAGCUACGAUAAAAAUCAGACCAGUCCCUGAAUACCAAAAGUAUGGCUCAGUCGCUUUCCCUAACUUUGAACAAGGAGUAGCCUGUUUAAGAGAAAUCGCAAAACAGAGAUGUGCUCCUGCUUCUGUCCGCCUCAUGGACAACAAGCAGUUUCACUUUGGUCAUGCUCUUAAACCUCAGGUUUCCUCUAUUUUUACAUCAUUUUUGGAUGGAUUGAAAAAAUUUUAUAUUACAAAGUUUAAAGGAUUUGACCCCAAUCAGCUAAGUGUAGCUACCUUGCUGUUUGAGGGGGACCGUGAGAGGGUUCUUCAACAUGAAAAGCAAGUGUAUGACAUUGCUGCAAAAUUUGGUGGGAUAGCUGCCGGAGAAGAUAAUGGACAGCGAGGUUACUUGCUGACCUAUGUCAUUGCAUAUAUUCGAGAUCUGGGCUUGGAGUACUAUGUAUUAGGAGAAUCAUUUGAGACUUCAGCUCCUUGGGACAGAGUUGUGGACCUCUGUAGAAAUGUAAAAGAAAGAAUAACAAGAGAAUGCAAAGAGAAAGGUGUCCAGUUUGCCCCUUUGUCUACAUGCAGGGUGACCCAGACAUACGAUGCAGGCGCAUGUAUCUACUUCUAUUUUGCCUUUAACUACCGGGGGAUUAGCGACCCGCUGGCUGUGUUUGAACAGACUGAGGCAGCUGCUAGAGAAGAAAUCCUUGCUAAUGGAGGGAGUCUGUCACAUCACCAUGGAGUGGGCAAGUUGCGGAAGCAGUGGCUUAAGGAAAGCAUCUCUGAUGUCGGCCUUGGGAUGCUGAAGUCUGUCAAGGAAUACGUGGACCCCAACAACAUCUUUGGAAAUGGAAACCUUUUAUAAAUUCAGUGCAAAACAUCAUUCCCCCCCCCCUCAAUUUCUCAACUAUGGUUAUACCAGUAAUCAAAUAUGUCACGGACUGUAUUUCAACUCUGUUUGUUUGUUGGUUUUGAAAUGAGUUUGUUUUCAAGUCUUGUAUUUUUUCCGUUCCUUAGUUUGUUUUGUUUCUACAUCUAUGGAUUGAAAGAGGGUAUUUCAAAAUCUCUCUCAUUGUAGGUGCAUCAGUUUACAGCCAAACGGUUAUCGUUUUAGGUUUUAUUCAGGCAGCACAAACUGCUGUUGUUAUAUCCAAGGAGGAUGCCGCCAGCUGUGUUGUAUUGAAGCGUCCUCCUCGAGGGGAAGAAAGGCAGAUAUUGGUGUCGUCUCUUUUCCAAAGGUGGUUUCUGGGAAGCAGAUAUGCAGGGAAGGCUCCUACUCAGGAGUAGUGUCUGCAUGUGCUGCUCAGGGGCACACUCCAGUGUGAGUGGUAGGCGGUUCAGGAGAGAGUGUAUCAGGCCAGGAAAGGGGAUAGGCAGCUUGCUCUUUGGGAUGCCUUCAGUUUUGUCAGGUGCUUCACCUGCAUUUUCCUUGCAAUUAGUAUAUGUAGAGAGAGACCUUAAGUCAUCACUAUACAAAUUGUACUGUUAAGGGAUGCAUUUUUAUCCUGUGUUUUUUGUUUCUACUGCCGCGUCAGCUGUACUUGUAUCCCUGACAUAACCUAGUGUUACAUCCUAGUUUGUUCACUACGUUUCGUAAGUAGAGCUGACUCCAGUGUAGGUGAAGAACAGGUUUACCACAAAACUCCAUGUCUUUCUUCACUGUAGAUUCCUCACGUUUCUUGUUUCACUGUCUUGUGCUGAGAUGCAGAAGCAGCAGCUUCAACAGGAGCAGAAGGAGACAUCUUUCCCGCAUAGCUCCAGUAGGAGGGAUUGUUGGACUAAGGAAACAGUCUUCACUGAGCUGUUACUGAAUCUGAAAGCCCCAACAGUUCCAAUGAUAAAAAGAAAAAAAUUUUAAUUAAUCCAAACAGCAUGAUAAAUUUUCAUCUGGAAGUAAAGUUUCCAUUUAAUUUUUAAUAAUGGCUUAAUGCCUGUUUUGAAUUACUGGUUUAACCUAAAUUUUAAAAAGAAAGUAAUAUAAUGCAUACAUACCAUAAUCAAAAGUUUGAAAUGUCAUAUUUCUUAAAUAAUGAGAACAUUAAUCACCUUUAGCCAAGCAUUUUUACAUUCAAACCUGGAUAUUAAAAUGAGUGAAAUGAUUACUUUGAAUUACUGCCUGUCAAGGUUCAUGAUCACAUUUUGAGAUGGAUUCUUUUCUUAAUGCAAUACUAACUUUUGAUAAUUUUUUAAAAUUGAUAUUUGAUCAGUUAGUGUAAGCCAAUCUGCAGACGAUCCUUUACAAGGACAUACUGUCUGUCUGUGUAGCAGCAGCUCCAAAGUAUUUUGGGGCAGUUUGAUAUCUUUUAUAUCUGAAGUAGCCUUAACCAGAAAAGCGGAAAUUUAAAAUUGACAAAAAGGUAUUUUUAAGACUUCAAAAUGAUAAAUCAUUUUUAACUAUUAAAUUUGGCUUCAAACUAAUAAACCUAAAUCUCUAAGCAAAUCAAAAUUAAAUAUUUAACAAAACUGAAGCAUGUAUCUAUUAGAAGCUGCCUCUCUUUAAUGGUGAUUUGUUUUGAUCAUACAACUUCCAGCAGACCUCCGCGUAAAGCCCUUCAUUUUUGAAAUAGUUGGAUACUUGAGGAAAUUUUCUCUAAAAUGAAAAUUCUCAGCUUUAUAAAAAUGCAUCAAAGUAAUUUCUCUAAUUAUUGAAAUGAAAUGUAAAGUGUGAUAAGGUACUAAUAAUAGCUCACUGGAAGUGUAUACAUGUUCCUGAGUUUUAAAAAAAAGUUUUAAAAUGAAACUUACAGAUUCAUCAGCAGAUCCAUUCCUUGCAUGUGGUUGUUAGAACACUUUUGGAGGGAGUUCAGAUUUCAAUAACCUCGGACGUCUUUGCUUGGUGUUAGUAAACAAAAACCAAAACAAACCCACUGCCGUCAGUUCGACUCCCAACUCACAGUACUCUAGAGAGAGAGUAGAACUGCCAACGCUGUUACCUGUGUGAGCAGACUGCCUCGUCUUUGUCCCACUGCUGCUGUGGGGAUCAAACAGCUGACUUUUUGGGUAGCGGCCGAGCAUUUGAGCCACUGUACCCGCAAGAGUCCUUUACUUUGUGUUAGAAAACUGUGUACCAGUACAACCAGAGUGCUCCUUAGAAGCAAGACAGACUUGCUUACUUUGGGCAUCUCACCAGGAAUGGGCUGACCUGGAGAAGGACAUCGUGAUUGGAAAGCAGAGCAUCAGUGAGAAAAAGAAGCCCCUCAAUGAGACACUGGCGCAGUGGCUCCACGAACGUGCUGCAGCGUUGCAGUGCUGGGGAGGACAGUGCCAGACCAGGCCGUGCGCUGUUCUGUUGGCGUCGGGUCACUGAGUCAAAGCCAACUCACCGGCACCGAGCAGCAGCAACACCCGGAAUCAUUGUCUUCACUGGUCUAUAUGAGCGCUGUAGAAAUGCGUGCUUUAUUUUGGCUUUGCUUGUUCCAUGUAUGCAGGAUUCCCAGCUUUCAUUUUAUAAUGGCAACGAUGGAAUCAUUUUGAAGCACAUGAACAUUCAUCAAUACUGUUUAACUCUGAUUUAGUAAAUUAGAAAGUCAGUCCCCCGGUUUCCUGGGCUUGCUUCUGAGAGUUGCCUCUGUAAAUUUACAGAAGACUUGAGUUCAUAAAUACUCUCAGAAACAUUUAAAUGUUGCCUUUUAACUCUGAAAUGUCUGGGGGAAAUGGCUUCAUAAAGCUGGAGACCUUUGUUUAUGUAAAGCUUCUUUACUCAUUUUUAAUAAGCUUGUAUUAAAUAUCACGCCUGUUUUAGUACUACAUCUCAUAUGUUUGUCUUUUCUACAUUUCAGUUACAUUUUCCCCAGUUUUGAUGAUGUCACAUUUGGGUUGACGUUUCAGUGGGAAUGAGAACUUGCUGAUAGUGAGGAGUAGCCUGAGUACUAAAUACUCCAAUCGGCUUUCUUGGCCCCUAGAGAAAUUGAUGCCUUAACGUUGAGUGCAGUUGACAGUGCAUACGUGAAUGCCAUUGUGUGCUAAGUAACUGGAGCUUUUUUAGAAGGACUAAGGGAGCCACACAUUGGGGUCAAGCUUUUUGCCACAAAGGAUGAAAUUAGUUCCUUUUCUGAGGACUUGGGGGUUGUCCUAAGAUUACUUUCAUACUAUAUUACUGUUACUUGAAAGUUAUAUGAAGUUGGUAGCCUUUUAUUGUGCAUACAUGGUCGAUGUUUUGGGGAAACAAACAACGAAAGAUUCCAUUUUCAUCAGCAUAUGUCUAUAUGGGAUACAGAUGGUUGCAAGGAAAUCUCAAGAAUAUUAGGAACUGCUAAUUCUUUGUUUGCAUUUUCAAAAUGCCUUUCUGCAUGUUGGCCCCAGUGAUUUGCCAUUAUCAUGUUCUUUCCUAACCAUAAUUGAUCAGAGAAGUUCAGUGGUCCCAAUCAGAAGUGUGCUAUAUGACUUGUUCAAAGGGAAACUCGCUUUUGUUGAGCUACCGUACCAUACAAAUGUAGAGCACGGUGUUUAUUGUAGGUUGAUGGACAGAAUGCACAUGCUGCUGGUGUUUGAGGUGGCCAAAGUGUAACAUUGUGGAAAGUAUAUCUCAAUUACCAAACGAAAAGGAAGAAGUGGGGAUUAAGGACCACUAUAAUAGUAUUUUAUUCAUCACAAAAUCUUGAGUAACUUAGAUUUAAAGCAGAGCUUCAUUCACGGGGAGGGAAAGACAAGAUAACGCACAUAGCUUGGGAUUAAUAAUUGAGAAUCCAGGGUAUUUGAUCUUUGGUUUUUUGAGUUUUGGAAGCUUAGCCUUGCCAAAGGCAUCACCUUUCCAAUAAACCACAUGCCAAUAAGUUCCUUUAAUUCAUCUUAAUUUCACUUUCCUGGAAAAUGAACACCUCAGAGAUGUUGAAUUUAGAAAGUAUAAAAGGUUUUCUCAAACUGUUGAAGUGCAGUAUCUGAUAUGAAGGAUGUAAGUUAAUCAUCUUUCUAAUCCCUAAGCCAAAUAAUGUAUGUCUUUAGUGUGUAAUUUAACUGUAAAAAUGGCUUGUAAUGUCAAAAGAUUUUAGAAACAUUGUUAAUAAAAAGGACCUGCGUCUAA